ACAUCUAAAGCCCUAAUCUCUCUCUUUUCUCCACUCUUCACUGGGCUCUUCUUCUUCUCUUCUUUCCUCCAUCUUUGCAUCCAUUCUUGGAGUUCUGCUCUGCUCAGAGAUUUCACUCUCAUAUCAAUCUUGUUAAUCUUCUCCAAAGAUGGCUGCAUCUUCUUCUCCUCGGUUGGUUCGUGUAGUGGGUCGUUCAUUGUUCAGUGGCCUCUGCAACAAUGCUGAUGGUUUAAUGAGAUCAACACACGAGAUGAUGUGCAAUCAUUUGUUAUUCCUGCAACAAAGAACUUUCAUACAAAUGAGGACGAGUCUGAAAGUGGUAGAUAAUUCAGGUGCAAAGAGAGUGGCGUGCAUCCAAGCACUGAAGGGAAAGAAAGGAGCAAGAUUAGGAGACACAAUAGUUUGCUCCGUGAAGGAAGCUCAGCCAGGUGGGAAGGUGAAGAAAGGAGAAGUGCAUUAUGGUGUUGUUGUUCGUGCUGCUAUGCCAAGAGGCCGCUGUGAUGGGAGCGAAGUAAAGUUUGAUGACAAUGCUGUGGUACUCAUCAACAAGCAUGGUGAACCCAUUGGAACCAGAGUUUUUGGUCCAGUACCCCAUGAGUUGAGGAAAAAGAAGCAUGUUAAGAUUCUUAGUCUUGCAGAGCAUAUCGCCUAAAGUCGCAGCCUCUUGGUUUUGUUAGGUACCUCUACUGGUGAUUAUCCGGUCGCAUGGAAGACAGUUUUGCAUUAAUUGUAUUUGUGGGAACCUGUUGUUGUUCACAAGCUGCAGAAGAUGUUUCUUUUUAUCAUCAUAAACGUUUUGACUUGUACAUAUAAUUGUUGGCGCACAAGGCAUAGUGCUCAAGGCGCAGUGUCCACCAACUGACUUAAAUACAUCACUAACCCAAUUGUUGGACUCUUUAUUGUCAUUCUUGGAGUGAUGAGC